AUGGCGUCAGAUUUCGUAGGCUACACCAUACUGGUCACGCUACAAAGCCCUCCCAAUGCUCAAAUACAGGGUGUUGUUGCAAACGUCCAGAACCAGAGAUUGUACUUGCAGAAUGUUUUGCUACUCUGGAAUGGCCAGCGCCUCCCCUCGUAUGUCCUCGAGUCCUCUGCGAUCGCGGACCUAGAAGUGUCGCCCUCUCAACCAGCCGGAUAUGACGAGCAGGAGACUACUACACCCGUCGCUAGUCAACCUCCUCAGAAUGCCACCUUCUCGGCCGUCCCCCAAAGCCAACAAAAUGCUGCUGCAGCGUUUGUUGACCCCGCCAUCCUCAGUUACACAAAGCCGCCAGAUGGACAAAUACCUUCACUACAUCAGGCGCAGCCGGUGUCUCCUGUUAUGAUUGCCGAUGGCGCCGUCAGCAGUCCAUCCGCACGACUGCCUCGAAGUGGAACUUUUGGAGCCAGCUCAAUAUCCAGUAUCGCGACCACUUUACCUAGGAAGCCAGAUGCGAAGAAUACUCCUGCCAGCGCAACACUUACUGAACCUUUCGACGCGUUGCGGCUUGGUAAUAAUGUUGUCGGAGCCAAAGAGACGCAGAAAGCGAAUAACAUCCCUCCGCCACAGGUCGCAGUGUCGCGGACAGGUCCUGGUGUUAUAGACAUGAAAGACGUCAAUCAUGGACCUCUGAAGAACCAAAAAAAGGCUGGGAAGGGGAAGGGCUGGCGCCAGACUCCGCUGAUAGAGGAAGUCCCAGCCCAACCCAAGAAGAAGGCUCAAAGAGGGAGGAAGAUUGGUGAAGAUAUGAAUGGCUGGGCUACUGAAGAUGCCACCGACAUCCAGGAUUUGGGAGACUUCGACUUCGUGGGCAAUCUAUCCAAGUUUGACAAGCGACAGGUGUUUGAUGAUAUCAGACAAGCAGAUACUACUGCGGAGGCUGAUCGACUUGUCAGCUUCAACAGAAAAGCCAGGCCUGGGACUGACGGUGGAAGAAAUCUACAUUGGAGCGAAAACGUUUUAGACACACCGAAAGUCAAGGCCGGUGAUCGAUGGCAGAGUGAAGCCGGAGAGACCGAGAACGAAUUUCCGGAAGAGCACUACAGCAGUGGUAAAGGGUCAAAAAGGGCUGGCUCGCGACGUCCGCUUCAAUCGAGAAAAGGAAGCGUACUUCCGGCACAUAUCGACCGUACGGAAUCGCCGCGUCCUCUUGGACGAAUACAGACAUCGUCGCCGCUCAAUGGCUCUGUGUCAGGUUUGAGAGCAUCUUUCAAGCUUGCCAACAAUAAGCCUUGCCACUGCCUGUCACCCCUACAGAUGUUGGAAAUCGAGCAGUUGUGCACGUCCGAAAUGGGCCUCACAGAAGAUAUGCUUUCGGAGAAUGCUGGCCGGAGUAUAGCAAUGGCUGUGCUCAGGAUUCCUAAUGUGAGAAACGUGGUCUUCUUGGUAGGUAACCACAAGUCCGGUGCAAGAGCCAUCGUCGCUGCCCGACAUCUGCGCAAUCGGAGGCUGAGGGUCACUAUCGUUGUUCUUGGCGGUGAGCGUGAGGAAUUGCUCCUCGAGGUGAUGCGAAAGCAGCUCAACAUCUACCAGAAAGGGCAGGGCUAUGUGGACCGGUGGGACGAAUAUCAAGCCAAGGCAUCUGGAGGCGGAGUGGCUCCGGAUGUCGUUGUCGAUGCUCUGCUCGGCGUGCACGGCACCUUCGAAGAAUUGCGGACCGAUGAUCAAGCGACGGCGCUGGAGAUGAUUCGGUGGGCGAAUCGAAGCUCGACUGUUCUGUCCAUUGACGUCCCGAGUGGACUGUCUGCAACAUCAGGAUUAUUUACUGAGGUGGAUGGACAAGCGUUGGUCAUGGCCAGCAAGCAUAUCGUCAGUCUGGGAGCUCCGAAAAGCGGUUUACUCCACGCCAUGGCCAUGGACCACCACUCGGAGCCAACGUGGCAAGUUUGGGUGGCCGAUAUUGGCAUCUCAGCAGCGGCAUGGCAAAAGCAUGGGUCGCGGCGGAAGCAAGGCGUCGAAUUUGCGGAUGAAUGGGUUGUUCCAGUCAAAUUCGUCCUGGGGUCGCAGGCUGGUUGA